UCAUAUUCAUCAAGUCAAAAUGGAUGAUAAUAUACAAAAAUUACAAAAUUAUAUUAUAUCUCCGGAUUUACCAAUACAUAAUCCUUUGCCAGAAGUUAUACCUCGACGCUUUGAUGAAACGCGUCUUUUACAUUUACCGAAAGGUGCUGCCAGCACCAAAUUAGUGCCACGUCGCGACUUUGUAACCGGCGAGAUUAUAGAAUUUGUCGAAGUAGACUUGGAAGAUGUUGGUGCCAACGCAUGCAACUCCACUUCAAUGCGCCGGGAGCCUGGUCUUCUAGAGGAAGCAACACGCGGAUCAGCUAUGAAUUUUCCUUUUUGGCCGGGUGGAUUAGAUGAACCGCCAAGGGAAAUCAAAAAGCUAAGCAUUGAUCUGGACUUUGGCACAGAACUGUUGACCCUGCCGCCAGGAUUUCGAAAAGGCUACAAUUUCGAGACCAACGUGGAAACACUUUCCCCUGGUUCAAUUUUGGUAAGCAAUGAUAAAGUAAAUCUCCUGGAAAAUUUAGAAAAGGAUCUCGAUGUUCAAGAGUGGCUUAAGUUGGCGGAACAACCAACGGAAGCUGAUUCGGUCACAGUUCUUGAUAACUCAACAGAAUUCAAAGAUGUAGAAGAGCAAAUUAUGAAUGCCGACCUUAAGCCAGUAUUGGAAAUCUCAAACACAAACACAAAGUCUGCUUUCAGUAGUGAAUGGGCUGAAAUGGUUGAUAUCUCGCAUCCUAUUGCUAGUUUCAAAGAGAAAAUUCCAUGCCCUGCCAUGACCUACCCAUUUGAGUUGGAUAUUUUCCAAAAACAGGCAAUUCUUAAAUUAGAAGAACGUCAAUAUGUCUUCGUAGCCGCGCAUACGUCUGCCGGUAAAACAGUAGUGGCAGAAUAUGCUAUAGCCCUGUCGCAACGCGAUUUAACGCGUACAAUAUACACUUCACCCAUUAAGGCGCUAUCUAAUCAAAAAUACCGCGACUUCAAAAAAACUUUCAAGGAUGUAGGACUGAUAACUGGCGAUCUACAAAUUGAUCCCACUGCUUCCUGCCUCAUUAUGACUACGGAGAUUUUGCGCUCCAUGCUUUACUGCGGUAGUGAAAUAACACGAGAUCUCGAAUAUGUUAUUUUUGACGAAGUACACUAUAUAAACAAUCCUGAACGUGGUCAUGUUUGGGAAGAGGUGAUAAUACUUCUUCCCGACCAUGUGAAUAUAAUUAUGUUGAGCGCUACAGUGCCGAAUACAAUGGAGCUAGCUGAUUGGGUUGGCAGCACUAAAAAAAGAAAAGUAUAUGUUAUAAGUACCCUUAAACGUCCAGUUCCUCUUAUGCAUUAUCUUUACACCGGGAGUGGUGGCAAGAGCAAAGAUGAUAUAUUUUUAUUAGUUGACGCAGAUGGUAAGUAUCUGCAGCAAAAUUACGAAAAGGCGGUAGAACGCAAGAAAGAAAUGCAAUCCAAGUCAAAAGGAGCGCAGGGUAGCGGCUGUCCGACAGCGAAAAACUUUGUAAGCGCUAAACAAGAUCAAAACAUGUGGAUCGGGCUAAUAGACUUUCUGAAGCGUAAUAACAAAAUGCCUGUUGUAGCGUUUACACUAUCACGCAAUCGUUGUGACAUCAAUUUGCAGGCUCUACAAUCAGUUGACUUAAACACAGCUCGCGAAAAAGGAUCUGCGCAAAAAUUUUUCCAACAAUGUUUGCAAAAACUUNCAAUCGAUGGCGAAGUGAUAAUACGUAAUUGGGAGCAACGUCAAAUCGAACGUUUCAAAGACUCGCCGCCAAGUGCAACAGUGGUAAAGGCCGUAAGUGAAUUACAACAGCUCAACCAAAGCUAUAUAGACAAACCGGAAACAUUGAAGUUCAUGAAUCUGUCCAAAGAGGUUAACAUAAGUGAGGAGAAUGAGUUGGCUCAAAUACGUUACACGGAACAUUUAUGGAAACAAUUACUCGCUGUACUGCCUCAUACAAAUAUUGCUGGGUUUGAACAAGAAUUCGCGAUUGUUUAUGAACGCAAAGUGUUGGAGCGCUGUAUCGAAGAAUUGAAAUUUAAAAAUUCGACUAAAAAUCUCUCUCUUUAUCCAGAUUAUUGCAAUAAAUUGGAAGUUUUGCGUUCACUUAAGUAUAUCGAUGAUUUAGAUGAGGUUACCCUAAAAGGCAAAGUUGCUUGUGAAAUGGGACAAAAUGAGCUCUUAAUAACUGAACUAAUACUGUGCAAUAUGUUCAAUGACCUCGAACCGGCGGAAAUUGCAGCAUUGCUGUCGGGUUUAGUAUUUCAAGGAAAAAUCCAGGGAGAACCGGUGAUUCCGGAGAAGCUAAAAAAAUGCGUGAAAGAAUUCGAAGAAAUCAAUGACGCCAUUUUAGCUGAAGAACUGCGACAUCAAACAGUCAUAGAAUCAGAUAAUCGCCUCAAUUUUGGAUUACUAGAAGUUGUGUACGAAUGGGCUCGUAAUAAGCCUUUUGCAGAAAUAAUGAAAUUAACUGAAGUGCAAGAGGGUAUAAUAGUACGUUGCAUACAGCAAUUGGAUGAGACUCUUCGCGAUGUUAAAACUGCCGCCAUACGUAUUGGCAAUCCAGCGUUACAGACCAAAAUGGAGGAUGCAUCUACUGCCAUUAAACGAGAUAUAGUCUUCACAGCAAGUUUGUACACAGCAAUAUAAUUCUAUAUUGAUUUCGCAACGGUAUAAUGAAAACAAGUAAUUUUUAACCAAAAAAACAAAACCGACUUCAAUUCUCAUAUAAAAAUUUAAGAUUGUC